GCUGCAAAGUUUGGCUGUGGCGGCAAAUGGGCUUGGGCGGCUCCUGGGCGGGUGGCGGCGGCGGCCGGCGCGGUGCGUCCCGGCUCUGUUGAUGUUGGGGCGCGGCCCGGGGCCGAUGGCGCCCUAGAGCGCGGCCUGGCUGUGGGGGUCGGGGCGGGCGCCGGCCAUGUCGGAGGGGACCCGAAGUCUGCUGCAGCGCUGGGGCGCCAGUUUUCGCAGAGGCGCCGACUUCGACUCCUGGGGCCAGCUGGUGGAGGCGAUCGACGAGUAUCAGAUAUUAGCAAGACAUCUACAGAAAGAGGCCCAAGCUCAACACAAUAAUUCGGAAUUCACAGAAGAACAAAAGAAGACCAUAGGCAAAAUUGCAACAUGCUUGGAAUUACGAAGUGCAGCUUUGCAGUCCACACAGUCCCAAGAAGAAUUUAAGCUGGAGGACCUAAAGAAGCUAGAGCCAAUCCUAAAGAAUAUUCUUACAUAUAAUAAGGAAUUCCCAUUUGAUGUUCAGCCUGUCCCCUUAAGAAGAAUCUUAGCUCCUGGUGAAGAAGAGAAUUUGGAAUUUGAAGAAGAUGAAGAGGAGGGUGGCGCGGGCGCAGGCUCCCCGGAUUCCUUUCCCGCUCGAGUGCCCGGUACUUUAUUGCCUCGGUUGCCCUCAGAACCUGGAAUGACAUUACUCACCAUCAGAAUCGAGAAGAUCGGCCUGAAGGAUGCCGGCCAGUGCAUCGAUCCGUACAUCACCGUCAGCGUGAAGGAUCUCAAUGGCAUAGAUUUAACCCCUGUGCAAGAUACGCCUGUGGCUUCAAGAAAAGAAGAUACGUAUGUGCAUUUUAACGUGGACAUUGAACUCCAGAAGCAUGUAGAAAAGCUAACCAAAGGGGCGGCCAUCUUUUUUGAAUUCAAACACUACAAACCUAAAAAGAGAUUUACCAGCACCAAGUGCUUUGCGUUCAUGGAGAUGGAUGAGAUUAAACCUGGACCAAUCGUAAUAGAACUGUACAAGAAGCCCACUGACUUUAAAAGAAAGAAAUUGCAACUAUUGACCAAGAAACCACUUUAUCUUCAUCUACAUCAGACUUUACACAAGGAGUGAUCCUGACAUGAAUAGCCUGGAACUUCUGUGAAUCGGACCACUUGGUCAAAACCAUCACGACAGCCUAUUGGUCGCCGGCAGGCAGGAAGCCAGCUGUGCCGUGCCAGGAGCCUGCAGAGUGCACUGGAAUUCUGUGCCACAGGAUUCAAAUCCCAGCACAUCGCUGGCGUCUCAGACCCCUUUGGAAACAGGCUGAUUGUAGAUGGGAAAUGUUUUUACUUUUCUAUUCAUUGUGCAGUUGAGUCUCUUGUCCGAUUUGCCACUACUCCCGCCUUGCACCUGGAACAGCUGUGGUGGGUGGUUCGAGCUCAUCUUCAGGCUGACGUCAGCAACAGGAAUGUGCUAGAGUUUACACAUCUCUUCACUCUGCUCUAAUACACUCUUUUGGUUUUCUGAGUUCAUGUCCAACUUGGGGUUGAAGUGGGUGGCACCUUUUGAAGCAGCUUGAACAGGAGUUGAACCGGUAUCGCUGCUCAGAAUGUGGGUGUGGAGACGUGAGGCUGUUCCUCGGAGGCGGCCCCUCCACUCCCCCUCCCCUUGCUUAGCAUGUGCCUUGGCCAGAUGCAUAGCCCCUGUGGGCACGUUCCCAGGUGAUGGCUGCAAUUUUUCCAGAUAACCAGAUUGAUUUUCAGACAUCGAGUAUAUUUUUAGUCAUAUCAAUUUAGCUGUUCUACUUCACAUUAUUCCUUCAUUAUAAUCCUAUUUAAGUUAAUGGUGGCACCAUCUCAAAAUAAUUACAAAGUUUUAGGUGGGCUUAUAGUGUCUAAAUCAUGCGAUGUAAGACUGAUUUGGGUCAGAUGCUAACUAGAUAUUGCAGGGAUAUGCUGAUUUUCUGACAACUGAUUGUGAAACCUUAAACCUGCAUACCUCUUCUUGGAGUGACAAGUAUGCAAAAUCCGAAAUACUUUAUUUUUUUUAUAUAGUUAGGCUUACCAUUUAUUUCCUAUUUAGAUAUACUGGCACUCAAACAUAUGGAAAUAUGUGAGUCAUUAGCUUGUUAUGACAUUGCUAUUUUAAUGGGGCAUAAAUAAAACUUUUAUAGUACACAUAACAAUGGGUAUUCGAUAACAGAACAUGAGCAUUUAGGGUGGGCUUUUUGUGGGUUAGGUAGAAAGCCCACAUUACUCGUUCUUAUUUAAAUGAGCAGUGCUAAGCAUGGAGUGUAUGAGUCCUUGGCCUAGUGUUGAGUGUAGUAAGCAGCUGGACCAUUCCCUGUUGCUUUUUCAAAUAAGAUAGCACAUAAAAGAACUCCACGCCCUUUGCCCUUAAGAUCUCAGCUUUAUUUCCCUUGUUUGGUCAUUUGUCUCUAAAAAACUUUGAGCCUCAAUUUUGAGCCAAAUCUGGUCAUCUUAAAUUCCAAAAUAAUCGUCCAAAGUGGCUCACAGGGAUGAAGAAUUUACCUUCUUUCCUUACUGAUUGAGCUCUAAACUGCUAAGUUGUCAGCCCCAGCCCCUGCAGACUCAGUUCAAGAAGCAGGAACAGAUUUUUCCCCCUCACAGGCAGUGCCUGGUAGGAAGAACUCGGUACCCUGUGCAAUGAUCGGCACCUCUGACCAUCUCAGUGCUUCUAAGCCUUCCCCGUGUGGCGACACCACCUGGAAAGUUACCCCUGGGAAACAUUCACGUGCAGCAAGUGUCUGACAUUCUCUUCUCACAAGCCUAAGACAUGUCCAAGCAGUUGUUUUAGAAAGUGUCUGCAGUCGCUCCCCUGUGGCUCCUGUGACGGACGCUCCUGCCGUCGGCAUGAGAGGCGCAGAUGCGGACGUGGAACUGACAAGCCUUCAGAACCAAGCCUCGGAAAUGAGUCUUGAAGCAACACAAACUGCUCCUCUCCUGUUUCAGUUUCGCUCUCAGCUGGGCUCUCGAGCAAGUAACCAAAGCUCCGGCAGACACUGUCCAGGAGGAAAUGUUGCUGCCUCACCACCACGGGCCCCAGCAGUUGUCCUGUGCCGAGUGGGCCACUGCCCCGCCCACCGUCACCCCUAGUGCUCCUGGCGCCGCGCAGGAAGUGGUGCUGGGCUGGCCCGGGAAGGCGGCACCACGGCAGGCUCGGGACUGCUCAAACCACUGUCGCUGGCAUUCCUCUGAUAACUGAGUGUAAGCACACAAACGGCUUCCGAGGCUUUAAAAGACCUCAAGAGCUUUGAUUUGAAAUUUAGGUUUCAUUCACCUUUCCCAUUAUGUUGGUUUUUUAACUAUAAAUCUAUUAAAAGACUAUUGGGGCUGACACGGUA